AUGCGGGUGCCUCUGAAAGAGGAAAAGGAGAUGGAGGCCUUGCUUUCACAUCAGCAGGGCCACAACCAAGGAAGCUCUCUUCUCAUUCUGAGUUCAGGGUGGCAUACUUUCGGACAUCUGCUGUUUGUUUACUCCCUACCUCAAGGAGCCUUUAUUUCUGUUUUACAUGAAAUCAAGACAACUGAGUCUGGGGAUUGGUAUCCAGGGUUAAGGGCUUUAAGCAGCUGCUUCGAAGAGGGCAGUACUGUGGUCAGCCUUAGAGUCUCCCUGCGCCUGCCUUUCGGAAGUGCGCUGCCUGCGCCUACCAUAGAGGACCAGCCUCAUUGCCCCUGGGCUUGGGCCACACUCCCUGGUGUGGGACAGCAUUCAUCAGACUACGGUUCUAGGCCACUGAUCACCGUGCUCCCAGGAUCUGUCCGUGGGGGCCACUGCACGUGUGCGAGCGGCCCUCACGUCACUCUCCAGGGCCCUAGGGCAGGGCAGCAAGGCGCUCUGACACGGGGGUUGGCCAGAGAGCGGCAGCAGCGUCUCGGAAUGAUCCUGAAGAGGAACACCUGUGAGCCCAGGAGCCCAGGCAGGUGCUGCCCAUCGGCAGGAGAGAAUAAAGGGUGCGGCCGGGCCCACCUUCCUCGCACGCGCGGUGGUUGCGGGGAGGGACGACGCGCCAGGUCCCGGUGCGUGGGGGCCAUGGGCGCGCCGGUCGGGGCUGGUUUGCUGCUGUUGGUCGUCGUCGGCCUGCCCCAAAGCCUAGGACUGAGGUGUGGAGCUCGUGCAGUUGAUUUGGAAAGCAAGGAACCUGCGGCGGAAUCUGGGUUCUUCUCCAGAAUUAUUAGCUGGAGAAAUUCAACAGUGGGUGGCCAUCCAUGGCAGGUCUCCCUAAAGUUAGGUGAGCACCACUUCUGUGGAGGAAGCUUGAUUCAAGAUGAUCAGGUGGUCACAGCAGCACACUGCCUGGCUAGCCUCAAUGAGAAGCAACGUAAGAGUCUAACUGUGACUUCUGGAGAAUACAGCCUCCUUCAGAAGGAUAAGCAAGAACAGAAUAUUCCUGUCUCAAAAAUUAUUAUCCAUCCUGAAUACAACAGGCUUGGAUAUAUGAGUGCUGAUAUUGCACUGCUGUAUCUGAAACACAAAGUGAAGUUUGGAACUGCUGUUAAACCAAUCUGUCUUCCCAACAGAGAUGAUACACUUAAAGCAGGGAUUCUUUGUAUGGCCAGUGGAUGGGGCAAGAUUUCAGAGACGUCAGAGUAUUCAAAUGUCCUACAAGAAGUGGAACUUCCCGUCAUGGAUGACAGAACGUGUAAUACUGUGCUCAGGAGUAUGAACCUCCCUCCACUGGAAAGGACCAUGAUGUGUGCUGGUUUUCCUGGUGGGGGAAUGGCUGCCUGCCAGCAGGACUCUGGAGGACCACUGGUGUGUAGAAGAGGUGGUGGAAUCUGGACCCUUGCUGGGAUAGCUUCCUGGGUAGCUGAUUAUGCUAGAGGUUCAGCUCCUCUAAGAAAUCACCACAGGAAAGCAUCACUUGGCAUUUUCUCCAAGGUGUUCGAGUUGAUGGAUUUUAUCACUCAAAACAUCACAGAUUUGGAUCAAGGCAAACCCUUCUCAAGAAUGAGUCGGAGUGUGACGAAGGGCCUGAGUUCUGUCCGAGGUGUGCGUGGGAGCCGGAGAGGAAAGGGUAUGUGUGACAUAGAAAAUCAAGUUGGGUGUGAUCACGACUUUGUAUCUUUACAAUCAAGCAAUGGAGUGCUAAUUAGUAAGGUCUGUGGAGAUCCGCUGCCCUCACCAUUGCUGACAGAGACCACUAAGGCCACAGGUACAUUUGUUUCUGAUACAGAAAACGGGGGCAUUGGAUUUGAGCUUACUUUUACUGCUGUACAGAAUUCAGAAGCAGGUUCGGGUUAUUGGAGUGUGGCUGUAUUGGCAGAAGAAGGGACAAUUCACUCUGCCAAUUGUCCUGACUCGUAUCCCAACAAUGUACAGUGUCAUCGGUUCAUGCAUGCUCCAAAGAAACACAUUAUAAAGUUGACAUUUGAGGACUUUACUGUUGAAUUUAAUCCAAACCCUGUUUAUGAUGCUAUUGUGAUUUAUGGUGAUUUCAAAGAAGAAGACGAGUUAGCUAAACUUUGUGGAAUCUUGAACAUCACUCCACUAUUCAGUCCUAGUAACAUGAUGGUGAUACAUUUUAAAAAUGAUGGUGAAAAUAAUAGAGGCUUCAAAGCUAGAAUCACCUUUUUGCCCUCAGACACUUCAAAUAAAAUUGAACCAACAUCACCUCCCAAAACCAAUCCUGUAUCUGCUGCAAAAGCAAUUCCAUAUGGUGUUUGUGGCAUUCCUCCAUUUAGUCCCCAGUGGCUUUUCAGAAGAAUUGCAGGAGGGGAAGAAGCCUGCCCCCACUGUUGGCCAUGGCAGGUGGGUCUAAGGUUUCUAGGAGAUCACCAGUGCGGAGGUGCCAUCGUCAGGCCGACUUGGAUUCUGACUGCAGCCCACUGUGUGCAAUUGAAAAAUAAUCCACUCUUUUGGACUAUUAUUGCUGGGGACCAUGAUAGAACCCUGAAGGAAUCAACUGAGCAAGUGAGAAGGGCCAAACGCAUAGUGGUGCAUGAAGACUUUAAUAUUCUAAACUAUGACUCUGACAUUGCCCUCAUACAGCUGAACUCUCCUUUGGAGUACAACUCAGUGGUGAGGCCGGUGUGUCUCCCACAGGGCCCAGAGCCUUUGUUUUCCUUGGAGAUCUGUGUUGUGACCGGAUGGGGAAGCAUCAGUAAAGAUGGUGGCCUAGCACAUCGCUUACAGCAAAUUCAAGUGUCUGUGUUAGAAAGAGAGGUCUGUGAACACACUUACUAUUCUGAGCACCCCGGAGGGAUCACAGAGAAGAUGAUGUGUGCUGGCUUUGCUGCAUCUGAAGGGAAAGAUUUCUGCCAGGGGGACUCCGGUGGUCCAUUGGUAUGUAGACAUGAGAAUGGUCCCUUUGUCCUGUAUGGCAUUGUCAGCUGGGGAGCUGGCUGUGUCCGGCCAUGGAAGCCAGGUGUAUUUGCCAGGGUGAGGGUCUUCUUGGACUGGAUCCAAUCCAAAAUCAAAGGUCCUGCUUCACUUCAGACAAAAAAUAAAAGCAAAAGCUUAGAACAAUUGCCAUCACUCACACCUUCAACAGACAGUGUAUCUGGGCCAGGCUGUUGCUCUGAAGUGGAGCUAGAAGAGCCCAGAGGCUUUUUUUCAACUCUAAGAUAUCACCUGGAUUACAGAGGAAAACUGGAAUGUUCUUGGGUGCUCAGAGUUUCACGAAGCAGGAUGGCAAAAUUUACCAUUGAGUAUCUGUCAUUUCCCGGGUCUCGGGUGUGUGGAACCUCAGUUCUGACCAAUUAUGAAGAAAGCCACAGUGGGAGAAGGAUGACAGGUAAAUUAUGUGGGAGAAGGGUUUACUUGAUGAUUUUCAUGAGCUCUGGACCACUGAUGAGGGUGACAUUUUAUUUCCUUGUACAAGGUGCUUUUGGCAUAAGCUAUAUUGUCUUCAAAGUCCAAGGUCCAAAGGACAGUAAAAUAACCAGACCUUCCCAGAAUUCAAACCAAGAGCAUGUGGUCACUUUUGAGGAUGCUCUUCUGACCAAGCCAGCCAGAGUCAUACAGAUCCCAAGAUAUUCUCAUGGAGCCACUGUAAAUUACCAAUGGGGGUUAGUAGCCCCUUUAAAUCACAUCAUUUGCCUUUAUGUUAUCAACUUCCAGAUGAAGCUGAGAACCUUAGCCUGUCAUAGUCACCAGUGGGUUUGUGAAGGAUUUGGACCAGGCAAAAAUAGGUUACUAAUUUUCCAUGGAGAACUAAGCUAUUGA